UCAUCUGAGCUGUGAACCGCAGAUCUGUUAAAGCAUGUGAUAUAUGUAGAUGUGAAACUCCCCCUCAUUCAGCAAACAUCAACCAGACAGAAAAAUACCCUCUGGACCUCUUACAGCAGAUCUAUAUCUGUUGAUGAGUGAGACGCAAUGUGGAUUACACUUUUUAUCACAACAACCCUCUGUUUUUCUAUGUCCCGAGCUGGUGACUUCUGUGAAAAUGUUCUUGAUGAAUGCCGAAAAAGUGAAUCAUGGAUAGGUUGUUAUGAAGACAAAAUUAUGACCUGCAAGCCAAGAGGCCGCUCCAUGACAGGCAUCAAACAACUCAAAGUAGACUCGCUUCAAGAGGUUGAUGUGAGGCCUACAUUUGAACAUAGAGUUCAGAUCCCAUCAUCAGCUCUACAAGAAAGCAUAGGAAAUGUGUCUGAGGUGGAUAUCCUGGUGGUGGCCUCUGUAAUAAACAGCAGUUAUUUUAAGCUGAGUCCUCCCGAAAAAAGCAGGAGACUUGGGGGUCUGGAAGUAUUUAGGAACUCAGUCAUAUGUGUGCGGGCAGGAAACCGUGCAGUCGAGAAUCUCUCACAACCCAUCACGUUAACCUUCAAACACAACAAAGAGGUUGAAAGUGGAACGUGUGUAUUUUGGAAGGAAACAUCAGCAAAGGAUGGAACAGGUUACUGGAGCAAUGAAGGUUGUGACACAAAUUACACGGCACAUGAAUUUAUUUGCAGCUGCAAACGUCAGAGGUUCUUUGCUGUGCUUGUGAAUCCAGGAAUAUCGGUGACAAAAGCUGAUGCCGACAAGCUAAACUACAUCACUUACAUUGGAUCAGGACUCUCCGCCCCCUUCGCAUUGAUCAGUUUGUUCAUCUAUAUUUAUCUACAUCGGCGGUAUCCUGAGAAAUCCAUAAGUCUGCACAUGCAGCUAACAGUGGCGAUGUUCUGCCUCCAUCUCACCUUCCUGCUGUCCAGCCUCCUGGCCCAACUACUGAAGGAAAAAGAGGACAGCUCAUCUUGCCUGGUACUGGGUCUGGUUUUACACUGGUCCCUUCUGGCCACCAUGACCUGGAGUGCUCUGGAGGGGUUCCACCUCUACCUUCUGCUCAUCCGGGUCUUUAACAUCUAUGUGAGGAGGUACCUGCUCAAACUCAGCCUGAUUGGAUGGGGUUUUCCUACACUGGUUGCAGCUGUUUGUGGGAUUUCACGUGUUUAUGGCAAAUACACUCUGAAAUACAGCAACAGCAAUUUAACACAACACAUGUGCUGGAUAAGCGGCAAGUCUGAACAAAAGCUCCUCAUAGUCAGCUACAUCACUACCGUGGCUUUUCCUUUCUUCGUGGUUGUGUUCAAUGCCUGCAUGCUGGGGCUGGUGGUGUUUAAGAUUUUGGAGCUAAGAAGGGGUGAUAGAAGCUUUGGAAGCAGCAGUGACUGGAAGAAGAUAAACAAAGAGAGAAAGAAGAGGUUAUGGAAGGACUGUGUCACAGUGCUGGGCCUCAGCUGUGUGCUUGGGUUACCUUGGGGGUUAGCCAGCACUACAUACGUUUCACUCGCUGGGAUCUACAUAUUCACCGUAUUGAACUCCCUUCAAGGUGUAUUUAUUUUCCUGUGGUCUGUGGCGAUGGCCUGGUCAAAAUCUCAACCUGAAAAUAACUCAUCAAUCAGAGACUCUUCCUCUCAGAAAAUGAUGACUACUAGUUUCAACAGCAGAAACUGAAAAGACUAAUGCAUUAUCCAUGACCUAUAUUAGGUGUUGCGCUUCUAUUGAUAUGUAGUUCAGUAUAACUAACAAUUAAAAAUAUAUACACAUUUAGAUGUGUUAUUUCUUCCUUUUUGUGCAAAUACUAUGUAGAAAUUUUGAAGAAAAUUCUUGUGAUUUUCUGUUUCCUCUUUCAAGCAAAUAUCAAUAACUUGACUGUAAUGAGUGGCUCUUUGAGUUGACUUCCUAUCAGUUGGAAGCAGUGCAGUUAUUCUACUCUGACCUCUGGCAACAACAAGGCAUUUUCUUCCAGAGAACUGAUGCUCUCUGGAUAUUUUUUCCAGCUUAUUCUCUGGAAACUGCAGAGUGUUGGAAAAUGCCAGUAUUUCACCAGUUUCUGAAAUACUCAGGCACCAAUGAGCACACCAUGCUCACACCUCCGUUCUGUUUCUGAGUUUAAUCAUGAGAACAUCAUCUUCACUAUUCCUUCAUGCCAAUAUGCAUUGAGUUUGUUUGUGUGUUUUGCUUUUUAGAUAUUUGCGUUAAUGACCUGUUGAACUA